ACCACGAAGAGCUCCUCUUUUCUUAUCCCCUCCGAUAUCCGGCCGCCGGAAAGCCACCACAACAGCCGCUGCAACCAGUGGGUAACGAUGAAGGUCCACCCGAACGCCGCCGCUCCUGCCCUCGAGCUCCCAAUGCCCGCCAUCUCUUGUAGAGGAGGCGUCGGGGGGCGGCAGGAGGUGGCGGUGCUGACCGUGUGGCGGAAGUCGUUAUUAUUCAAUUGUAGUGGGUUCACCGUUUUUGACGCUAACGGGAGCUUGGUGUUCCGAGUCGAUAACUACGGGUCGGAUAGUAAAGGCGAGGUCGUUCUCAUGGACGCCGCCGGGAAGCCGCUCCUCACUAUCCGACGAAAGAAGCUGAGCCUAGGAGACCACUGGCUGAUCCAUAACGGUGAAGAGGCCGUCAACCCCCGGUUCUCCGUUAAGAAGCACGUGAACCUCUUCAACUCCAAGGCGCUAGCGCACGUGGCCCCAUGCAGCGGCGGCGGCGGUGUGGAUUAUGAGGUCGAGGGCUCGUACUCGCAGCGAUGCUGUGCGGUCUACGACGAGCAGCGACGGCCAGUGGUGAAAGUCCACCGUAAGGAGCCUACCGCCAGCGGGGUGGCGUUCGGGACUGAUGUCUUCCGUCUCGUUGUUCAAGCAGAGCUCGACACCUCGCUUGCCAUGGCCAUCGUCAUUGUCCUCGAUCAGAUGUUCUGAUCGCGAGGGCCUCUGAUGGAGGGCUGAGAUUGAGAGUUAGUUAGGGGUCGUAAGUUGGAAGGGUUGCUGCCCCUCUUUUCUUUUUUUUUUUCCAUGGUUGCUGUUUGUUGCAAAGCAUGAUUAAAAAGACUUUUUGUUGAACAAAUUAUAUCCUUCGCCACAUGCACAUUCUAUUCACCAACGUAGUCAUGCAUCACACUAAUCAGCUCA